AAACUGUUGUGACGCUUCACCUCGCAAAUUACACAAAAAACGGGUAUCCAACCCAGAACUCCAACAUAUAUCUGGCUUACACCCAAUAUCCUCACACCUCACCAUUUCAUCAACAACUGGUUUGCACUUAAUUCAUCUCAUAUUCAUCCCCAUACACUGCAACCCUAAAACUCAACCUCCAUAAAUGGCUGCUCAAAUCUUUUACUGGGAUCAUAUCCUAAAUUGUUCUCGUUUCUUGCAUGCAAUAAAUAUAUAUAAAUAUAUACAAGUGAAUUUACUUAUAGAAUGUCACAGUCCAGCAGUAGCACAGCGAACAGAAAUUCUGGCCGGCACCCAGUUUAUAAGGGAGUUAGGCGUCGUAAAAGCAGUGGAAAAUGGGUGUCUGAAAUUCGGGAGCCAAGAACGCCAAACAGAAUUUGGCUUGGCACAUUUCCUACUCCUGAAAUGGCUGCAGUAGCCUAUGAUGUGGCUGCGCUUGCUCUUAAAGGUUCUGAGGCUGAGCUUAAUUUCCCAAAUUCAGCUUCUUCUUUACCUGUCCCGGCUUCUGCCUCGCCGCGUGACAUUCAGGCUGCUGCCGCCAGUGCAGCUGCCGCAGCUGGGGCGGCGGUUGAUGCUCUUGCUAGUAGAAACAAUACUGUUGACAGGACUGCAUAUCCAGGGCUGUCUGAAAUCCCUGAAUUUAUUGAUGAGGAUUUGAUCUUUGAUAUGCCUAAUGUUCUGGUGAACAUGGCUCAGGGAAUGCUUCUUAGUCCUCCUCGCCUGGGUGACACUGCUGCUCCCGAAAAUAUAGAAGAUGAGAACCUCUGGAAUCACUUCUAAGUAUCCAUCGGCAUCUAUAUCCAGUAAUAAUCGUGAACAAGACUAAUAAUGAUAAUAAUAAUAAUAAUAAUAAAUCUCGCUAGAAAAGCUCUCCAAAGUGAAAUGAAAGAAAUGUAAUGCGAGUAUGAUGUC